AUGGAGAAUGUGAACACGGAGUAUCGUCUUGGACGACAUCCAAAAGCUAUAAAAACCGGAGAAUUUGCAAUUCAAAGUGGCUUGAUUCUCGUAAAUAGCACCAUGAUUCAAUUAUGUCCGAAACGUGAGACAUCCAAACCACCUAAAUUAUCAACAACAAGUCACACUCAGCACAAGCAUUCUAAUUUAUUAUUUUUGGAGAGUCAUUAA